AUGACCCUGGGCUCGAGUUUGAAUCAUCGAUGAACGUGAUCGCUUCGAUCGCUUCCAAAGUUCUUCAGUAAGGUAGCUUUAAACGAGAUUUCAGUCACAGUGAGGCAAUUACCAUUGAAAUUCAAGUACCAUAAGAUGAAACCAUUAAUGUUACAUGGGCAUGAACGUUCCAUCACUCAAAUCAAAUACAAUAGGGAUGGUGACUUGCUGUUUUCCUCAGCAAAAGACACAAAACCAAACGUCUGGUACUCAUUAAAUGGUGAAAGACUUGGCACAUACAAUGGUCAUGGCGGUGCUGUUUGGUGCAUUGAUGUUGAUUGGGAAACAAAACAUUUCAUUUCAGGUUCAGCAGAUAACAGCUUAAGAUUUUGGGAUUGUGAAACAGCCACUACAUUAUCCAAAUAUGAGACAAAAACUGCUGUUAGGGCAUGUGGGUUCUCCUAUUGUGGUCAGAAGGUAAUGAUGACAACAGACAGACAGAUGGGUCAUGAUUGUAUCCUUAUGUUGUAUGAUAUUAGAGAAGGUUCCAGGGACCCAGUUCUUAGUGUAGCAGUGGAUGGGCCUAAAGUAACUGCCGCCCUCUGGGGUCCAUUAGACCAAUACAUUAUCACAGGCCAUGAAAAUGGAGACCUUUGCCAGUGGGAUACAAAGACGGGAAAUAAAUUGUUAACUGUUCAUGAACAUACCAAACAAAUCAAUGAUAUACAGAUGUACAAAGAUCAAACCAUGUUUGUUACGGCUUCAAAAGAUCAUACAGCCAAGCUUUUUGACACAGAUUCGCUGCGACACAUGAAUACGUACAAGACAGAGAGACCAGUAAAUUCUGCCUCACUGUCCCCCAUCAGAGAACAUGUGGUAUUAGGAGGCGGCCAAGAGGCCAUGGAUGUUACUACAACUUCAACGAGAGUUGGCAAAUUUGAUGCAAGGUUCUUUCACACAGUAUUUGAAGAAGAAAUUGGUCGAGUGAAAGGUCAUUUUGGCCCCAUUAACAGUACUGCUUUUCAUCCAGACGGAAAAAGUUAUAGCAGUGGCGGCGAAGAUGGUUAUGUGCGAGUCCACGUUUUUGAUCCUUCUUAUUUUGAAGUGGAAUUUGAAUAUUAGUCGAAUUAAAGCAUGUCGCUGUUA